UAGCAUUAUCCCAAUGAAACGUAAAAAGAGCAAAUUAUUAUACGGUGUGUUUUAUGCAUUUAUAUUAAGGUGAAAAUGGAUAUAUAGUAUAAUUUGCACAAUAGCAUACAACAGCGCAAAGCGCGUAAGCAUGAAAAAAUUCUUAAUGAAAGCGAAAAUAACAAAUAAAACGGCCGCCAUGGCUCCUCCAACUUUAGAAAACGUUUUCUUAGGACAAGACUCCUUAUAUUUUCAAUCAAGUUUAACACUAACAACAUUCUCUAUAACAUCUUCAAGUAACAAAAAUGAAAUUCAAUUCGGUCAUGACAACGGCCCUAACUAUUUACAAUAUAAACGAUUUGCCAACAAUGGAGUCUCUAGCCUUGCCACGGGACUUGUAUUGGGACGGAAAAUUCAAGCCUACAUCACCGCCGUCUAGUGAGCUUUUCUCCAUUUAUGAUGAGUUAAAUGGAAGCUGGAUUAGCGGCGAAAACUUUGCAAAUGAUAUUACAAUAAUUUCUAACGAUAACAUCGAGUUAAAACAUGGUAUGGAUCUAACCGAAGAAUUGCUGGGAAAUGAUGAAAAAUUGGUAGCUGAGUUUUAUGACAUGCAUGAAGAAAAUUUUUAUACUCCUUUUCAAUCACUGGAUAAUUCGUUAGAAAAUGUAGUCGGGAUUUCAACUCUCGUAGCUAAAGUUCAAGCACCAGUUAAUGCUACCAACUUUAGCCUACCUAACAGUACGCCUGAAGUCUCUAUUUUAACACAACUGACUCCACCGAGCUCACCACCACAAAGCUUUGCUUCACCAGUCCAGCACCAUUCCCCAGCAUCAGCAGCACCAGUUCCAAAUGCAUCAGCAGCCGAAAAUAAUUUACCUUUAAAUUUUAGCGAUGUUUUCCAUCAUGUGUCGGAAUCGACGAGCCCAUUCGGUACGGAAGCAAAUCAAUCGGAGUUUGUAUUCAGCGCGAACUGGAAUAAUAAUGCUCAAUCUUCCUUACCUGCCGCCUUAAGCGAGGAUGAGUUGGCUCGCGAAAUGCAGAUUGUUGAUGACAUUUUAAAAUCGGCUGCUGAAGAAUUAUUCGAUGAAACUGAAUCGCAAUCAUCAGUUUCCCUGGCACCUUCGCAAACAGACGAUAUCACCACUGACGAUGAAUGGUUGCCGUCUUCGGGCGGAUCUUCGCCAGUACAAACAUCAGUUAUAGAUUCGCUUUCGAGCUCAAAUAAGGUGAACAAAAAACGUACACGCCCUUAUGGGCGAGCCCCGGAAGAUCGCAAAAUUCGUAAAAAAGAGCAGAAUAAGAACGCUGCAACCCGUUAUCGUCAGAAGAAAAAAUUAGAAAUGGAAAAUGUUCUCGUUGAAGAACAAGACCUUGUUCAACGUAACGACGAACUCAACCGCCUGUUAACCGAACAUAAGCGUGAAGCCAAGUAUUUGAAAAAGCUUAUACGUGAAUUCUACAAAGAUAAGUUUUCGAAUUAAAAUCCCAGUUGGCAAUUAUUGAUAAUUUUUUUUUUUUUUUGACUAAUGCAUUAACAAACCAAAAUUAUAUUUUUAUGUUUUAUUAUAAAUGUUGGAUUUUUAUAUUAUUUUAACUCGGCAUAGUUUUAAGAUUCGAAAUUAUUGUAUUCUCUGUGCAAAGUUUACUUUUUUUAUGCAAGUUUUUCCCGUGUGUUUUCUUAGAAAACAUUCAUAAUUUCUGCUAAGAUUAUUUUAACAAUUUACUUGAAUAUAUGAUAACAAAAAUUAUCUGACAUUUGAAAUGUA